UAGACUCGUGGAAACGAGCAUGUGACGUCAGUUCCCCUAUUCGCACAGAGCGAAACAACAUGGCGAUAGAGUCGAGUGGACGGAGGUUUACGCUAACUUUAUUAUUAUUUUUUUUGUGUGUUUUUUCGGGCAGGCAGGCUAAGGAGGCGGUGGCGGAGUCAAGAGUCGCGCCCCGGAUACUCGGCAUGAGACUGGAAAGGAGCGAGACGCCGGCCAAGACCACAGAGACAGGGGUAAUUCAGGUGACCGAGGGCAGCGAUACCUUAUUUAGGUUCUACGGGCUUCACUUGCUCCCAAACAGCUCGGCGCUCAUUAAGUUCACGGAACUUUACUCCAGCGAUAAAGUGGAUGAUACUUUCGGCCAUAACAUGACCCCCUUAAAUAGGACUUGUCCCAAACUCACAGAGGAUAUAGAAGUGAAGGGGUCCAUGGUGGUAACGAACCAAAACACCUCCGGGGUGGUCAGCCUCCGGAUCAAGCAGCUCCGCAAAAGCGAGGCGGUGAAGGUGUUCGGCUUGUGCGUCCGCGACACCCAGGAGAAAGAUGAGACGUGGUACAUGCUGGACGAUAAAGACGGCAGAGUGCGUGUGGUGGAAGUGGCGAAGUCCAUGCUGCCCAUCUGGCUGCAGGUGAUCCUCAUCGCCUUCCUGCUAGUGUUGUCCGGCAUGUUCAGCGGGCUCAACCUGGGGCUGAUGGCGCUGGAUCCGAUGGAGCUCCGCAUCGUGCAGAGCUGCGGUACCGAGAAGGAGAAGAAGUACGCGCGGAAGAUCGAGCCCAUCCGCAGGAAGGGUAACUACUUGCUGUGCUCGCUGCUCCUCGGAAACGUCCUGGUCAACACCACCCUCACCAUCCUCCUGGACGACCUCACCAAGUCUGGGAUCGGCGCUGUGGUUUCCUCCACAGUCGGCAUCGUUAUUUUCGGCGAGAUCGUCCCGCAGGCGCUUUGCUCCAGGCACGGUCUGGCAGUCGGGGCGAACACAAUCCUUGUUACCAAGUUAUUCAUGCUGUUAACUUUCCCUCUGUCGUGGCCCAUCAGCAAGCUCCUGGACUGCGUCCUGGGUCAGGAGAUCGGCACUGUGUACAACCGGGAGAAGCUGGUUGGGAUGCUGAAAGUCACCGAGCCAUACAAUGACCUGGUGAAAGAGGAGCUAAACAUGAUUCAAGGCGCACUGGAGCUCAGGACCAAAACAGUGGAGGAUGUCAUGACGCCGGUCAGCAACUGCUUCAUGAUCCACAGCGACACCGUGUUGGACUUCAACACCAUGUCAGAGAUCAUGGAGAGCGGAUACACGAGGAUACCUGUGUAUGAGCAGGAGCGGUCCAACAUCGUGGACAUCCUGUACGUCAAGGACCUGGCUUUCGUUGACCCGGACGACUGCACCACACUCAAGACCAUCACCAAGUUCUACAACCAUCCUGUCCACUUUGUCUUCCACGACACCAAGCUGGACUCCAUGCUGGAGGAGUUCAAGAAAGGAAAAUCUCACCUGGCCAUUGUCCAGAAGGUGAACAACGAGGGGGAAGGAGAUCCCUUCUAUGAGGUGUUGGGGUUGGUCACCCUCGAAGACGUCAUCGAGGAGAUAAUUAAAUCAGAGAUUCUGGAUGAAUCGGACCUAUACACUGAUAACCGCAACAGGAAAAAGGUGGCGCCCAAUAAGAAUAAGAGAGACUUCUCUGCCUUUAAACACGAGAGUGAAUCAAAAGUGAAGAUCUCUCCUCAGCUGCUGCUGGCCGCCCAUCGUUUCCUGGCUACAGAGGUGAACUUGUUCAGCCCGUCUCAGAUCUCAGACAAGGUUCUGCUGCGAAUCCUGCGCCACCCUGAUGUGGUCCAGGAGAUCAAGUUCAACGACAGCGACAAGCGCUCGCCCCAUCACUACGUCUACCACAGGGGCAAGCCCGUCGACUACUUCGUUCUCAUCCUACAGGGACGAGUGGAAGUGGAGGCCGGCAACGAGAACAUGAAGUUUGAGACCGGACCUUUCUCAUACUACGGUGUCAUGGCGCUCAAUGCUCCCACACUGGUGGCUGCACCUCGUCCUCGCCACUGCUCCUUUAAAAGGUUUUCUCUGUUCUCUCGGUGGCCAGAGUUUCGUUCGCCAUCUAACGUCAGCGGGUUGAACCGCACAACCUCUCUGAGCGGAGCCGACCGAACAGAGUCACUCUCCAUCAGCGGCAGCAACAGCCAGCUCAACAACAGCAUCCCCUUGCAGCAGUACACGCCCGACUUCUAUGUCCGAGCUCUCACCGACCUGCAGUUUGUCAAGGUCACACGGGCCCAGUACCAGAACGGUCUGAUGGCGUCCCUUCUGGACAGCACGCCCCAGUCCCCAGAGAGCAGCCACAACACGAUUAACCUGGAUCAAACCACUCCCCCCGCCACCGCCAACACCACCAUCACCAUCACGGACCUGGGAGCAGACUCCACCCCUACGGAGAACGGACCGGACGAGACAACGCUUCUCCUCCUCAACGAGCAGAACUCCCCGCACACAGCCAACCACCACAGCCAGCUGGGAAACAGCAUUUGACCCCCUACAUACUCCUUUUGCACGCAUGCACUACUACGUUCAAAUGUAUGCUGAGGAGGGGAGGAGUGUGUGUGUGUGAAUGGGAAUGGGAAUGCAGACACACUGACAUUGAGAGACAAGCCAUGUGCAUGCAUAUUGUGUAAAUAUGCAAGGAUUAAACAUACACAUGCACACACACAGACAUGACCCCUUUUUAUUGUGGGAACUUCAUAAAGACUCACCGCAAACACUCAUCUGUUGUAGUUCGUCGACAGAAGUUUGUGUGUUUGUGUGUGUGUGUGUGUGUGUGUCUGUCUGUGUGUCUGUGUGUGUUGUGUUGUGUUUGUGUUUGUGUUUGUGUCUGUGUUUGUGUCUGCACAUGCUCCUUAGUGUAUUAACUGAUGACAAAGAUCUGAAGGACCUGCUUGUCUGGACCAGAAAGCUCCUCUCUCUCUCUCACCCAUCAUCAUCAAUCAGAGGCCUCACCAAUUUGCGAGUUUCCUGUGUGUGUGUGUGUUUUGAAAUGUGUGUGUUGCUUCCAGUUCACUUUCCCUAAUGAGAGACUCAGGGAGACUCCACCCUCCUUCUCCCCCUGCUCUUGCCGACGCACAUACAUUUAUGCGAGUGCGGUCCAACCGCAAGCCUCAAACCAAACCCACCGCCGCAUGUGUAGCAACCUGCAUCCCCUUCUCACCAUCCAUACAGCUAGUAGACAAGGACAACCCAAGCAUGUCAGCGGAGUUCAAACAAAGUAAUAUAUGUUCCGUAGAAAUUUAUAGUUAGAUAUUUAUUGAUGAAUUCUGUGUGAGACGAACACACAAGACUAUUUUUUUUGGGGGGGGGUUGGGUUGGAUUUCUAUAUAAUUCUUUUUUUUUUUCCCUUCUUGUGUCCUGGAUAGAAUCAUUAAUAGACCAGAGCCUUUAUCGCAGAGUUCUUAAGAGAUUUAGCAGCAAUAGACAGCCAGUCUGUAUCGUGACUAAGACAAUCAAUAUGAUCAAUAUAUAUAAUUUUUAGUUCCACCGAUGACAGAUCUGUAAAGGGAGGUCGUGUAGGAAUCAGUUUUUCCAAAGGUGGUCGAUGUUUGAGAGCACUUUGAGUCCUUUCCUACAUUUUUCAGAGAGGGGUGGGUUGUCUGUGUGUGUGUGUGUGUGUGUGUGUCUGUGUGUCUGUGUGUGUAUGUGACCAAAAUGGCCACCAGACUUGGUGGGAACAGAAACCAAAAGAGGGAAGCAUUCACAUUCUGACUAGAAAAUACUUUUAAGAAAUCUGAGACUUUAUUUAUUGAGUUCGAUGUGUAUGUACAUAUUAUAUUGUUAAUAAGGGAAGACAAGAAAUGUGAUUUUUAUUUUGCCUGUGAGAUUUUACAUGUUAUAUGUUCCUUUGCAUUCAGUGGUUAUGUUUGGGUUUCCUUUUUUGUAAAUCCCCCAGCAAACAUGUACUGUUUGUUUGUAUUUCUGUAGCCAAACACACUGUUCAGCCUCGCCAUUGGCCACAUUUUGUCAGCUUUAUGGGAAACAGUGUUGUAUAUUUUAUGAUUAUCACAAUGCAUGUAUUUCACAGAACUGCACACACUCCAGUUGUGUUUUACUGUACCUUCUGAGGAGAUUUUAAAGGAAAUAUAUUUUCUAAAACUUAUAUAUUUUUUUGUCUUGUGACGGAUUUUUCUUCGAUUGAUUUCUAGCAGAACCACAGUGGUGUUUCAUGGAUUUUUUUUUUUUUUGUUGGUGAUAAACAACAUGAAAAGUGAAUCAUUCAUCUGAUUUUAUGUUUUUAAAACCCAAGAGAAAGGACUGCUUUCUAGUCUUGUUAUUCCUGCAAAGAUGUUCGGCGUUCACACGAGACAUCAAUGGUAGAGAUUGAUUUCCAACUACAUAUACCAGAAUGCAAAUUCCACUUCUGUCAAGGAGCAAAUGGUGUGAAAUUCUGUGGAAGGAAAACUGCUGAAGCACUGUUGUGGUCAUACUGAAAUAUGUGGUCAUCUUGUUAUUUGUUCGCUGUUCCUCAGAAAAUAUAAUUCAUUCUGCAACCGAAACAGGACUCCUCCUGUCCUAAAGUUUUUUUUAGAAAAGACCAAGAAAAGUAACUUGCUGUACUUUUGAGUCAGUAGGUUUUUAGGGUUUUGCAGUAUGUGAAAUAUUUUGAAUGUUUCCAAAACCCAGAUAUACACAUAUUAGCUGAAAAAUUUAAAUAGAAUUUGAAGCAAGCAGACAGUUUGCUAAAGAAGUAAUGGAUAAUUGAUUUAAUGUGUUGGAGUCAAUUUUCUGCCAAAGACACGAGCGGUGAUAAUCUAAAGAAUAAUUAGACGGAUUAUGGAAAGUUGGAUUAUGGGCUGAUGCAUUGUGGGUCUGAGCUGUCCUGGUGUUUUAUCUUGUUAACAGGAUGCGAACGAUUUAUCUACAAGACGCAAUUAUUUGAGCUAAACUCAAUGCUUUGUCAGUUAACAUGGACAUUACUUUGUUAAAGUCACUGCCAGUUUAUUUAACCUAAACUCUGGAGGCUUUAUGGGACUUUCUGAGAUUGUUUUACACUGCCUUAAAAACACUUUAGUUUGAGUCUGGUGUCCAGUUUACCUGAUGCCUCAAUACACUGCGCUACUGUCCAUUCUAUUUUCUUUUUACUGGAAAAUGUUCACAAUUACACUAUUCAUAUUUCAAUGUGGAGUUCCACAACACUAAAAUCACAGCAGAUUGGAUUUUUAGUAAUAUUAUUGGUUGAGUAAAACUUCAGUGGGUGAAGCCAAUGAUACAGCCAAAUAUAGCUUACUAGCAAGGAGGACAAAUUAUGGAAUUCUAGGCUAAAUAUAAAAACUAAAAUUACCCUUUUUAUGCACUUCAUGCAUUUUGUGACCUAUUCAUUUUUUUCUGACAAGCGGUUAUGUAGGAUGUUUUAUGAUAGAAUAUAACUAAACCAAUGUAAAAUUUACAAUAAUUAUAAAAAUAGUCAACUAUUGGCUCACAUUGUUGUUUAGAGGGCUACAGUAGUUGCGUACAUAUAUAUAUAUACUCAUAUAUGAGCUAGUUUGAAUUUGUAAUAUCAAGCUAAGCUAGCUCGCUAAUGUCCAGAGCCGAAGUCCCUGCACCUCAGUUUAUUUUCUCAUAAAGGAUUUCUUUCAUUUUGAAAACCAGCAAUAUUUCUCCAGGGUUUAAUGUCCAUAAUAGUCACAUGUCGUGAUGUUAAUAAUGACAAAUGGGUAUCUGCUGAACUGGACUGUUAGCAUUCAAAAACGACAGCUCCCAUGAGACUUUGAUAGCAUGCUAGCGGCUAUAGUCCCAUUCAUGACUCUAUAUGUUAUUCUGUGAUUCGGUCACAUAUCUAUCUCCGCACAAAUCUUACAGGAAAAUUGUUUUAAUCUGUUAUCCCGAUUAAAUCUGUUAAAUUAAAUCUUAAAAUGUAUUUUUGCUAUCUCGUACAUUGUCCCCGUAUUCUUUCAGAUGAUGUUUGCCAAAUCAAAGUUUAAACAUUUCCCCUCGCUAUGGCAGGCUGUGGCUUGUGGCCAGUCCAGUGCAGUUGAAAUAUUGGAUUUAAAGAUUAGUUUCUACUCAGGAAAGCAUUGCUUCGGGCCCGUCUGUGAGCUCAUGAAAAUACCUUUGACGAUGCAUCCUGCUUCUUAAUAACAGGUAAUAAAAACGUUUCCUCCUAGGUUCGUGUACACACGUGUAACACAGUGACUCAAUCACUGAGAAAUGUACGGAGUGCUGAGGCACUGGACAACAAUAAUGGCAUGUAUUGUUCUUUAAUAAUUUAAUAAUCUUUAAUAAUAGUCAUCUUUUUAUCUUAAAUAAAGCCCAGGGAGUAUAAAGCUAUAGUGAUUUUAUUUUGAAAGGUGCUGAUGUUUAACUCAACCAAUGGGGUUUAUUCUGCAUACAGCAGCUCUGCUUCUGAGAAAUGUUUCUGUUUAUAUAUUUUAAACAAGAAUUCCACAUUUAUUGUUCUCCAUGUUUGGGGAUUGAAGGAAGUUGGAACAGUCCGGACUCUUUUGUGAUUUAAAAAUAAAAGCACUUUAGCGAGAAAAGGAAGUAUUUUCCUAAAAAAAAGCCACAAAAUUGCCAAAGUUGUCGGUUCAGCUUCUGUCGCAAUACUGUUACUAACCAGGAUGUCAUAAUCAUCAUUAUCUACGCUGACUCCUAAGCAUGACAAAGCUUUUUUUUUUCUCUCUUUCUUUUUUAAGCAAGCAAAACACUUCUGAAAUGAGCUCACUGACUCACCAUUCUGUUGCCUUCACUAUCUUUUAAUGUUUUUUGUGUGUGUUCAUUCCUGAAUUACACACACACACACACACACACACACACACUCCCAUUUCAAAGGAACGUUCAUUUUGUAGAUUUUCUCCCUCACCUGUUUUCAAAUCGUACUCUCGGUUCAUUGUGUAUUUGCGUGAAUGCCUGUAAAUCUUUAUGUUUAUUUUAUUUACUCUUUUUUUUACAUCUGAAUACUGUCAGUUAUUGUGGUAAACAGAAAGCCUUUUGUCAUUAAUUUAACUUGGGAACAGAGUGAAAGGAGCGACUUGAGUUUUGGGGGGGAAAAAAAUCUCAUUGUCCUUUCUCUCUGGAAUGCUGUAAGUUAAAAACAAACAAACAGAGAAACAAGGUGUGAAUACUGUUUUAUAAUUUCUGUCUUAAUGAGUUUUGACGAUGAAGAAAGUUAUUAAUAAAGCUGAGAUAUAUUUCUCUAUGGA